GAGAGGAGGUGAGGGAGUAAGAGUAGCAAGAGACAGGGGCUUCAGUGGAGGAAGACAGCAGAGUAACAAGCUCAUGAGAGUGACCGAUAUUCAAGGACAGGAAUUCGAGAUUGGUGGGGAGGGGGCUCAGAUAGAAAAGUGGGUCCCAGAGGGGGAAGCCAAAGGGGUCAGAUGAGUUGAGCCAGGGGCCCAGGGAAGCUCCCCCAACACCCUCUGUCACCCUGCUCCCUCCGCAGCCAAAAGAGUAGGAGAAAGUGUCCAAGAGCUGCCAGGGGGCGGGGAUCAGCAGGGGGGCGGCCCGCCUGUGGCCACUUCCCACACAAGGGUUGGAUGUGAGCAGACCCAGCCUCCCAUGCAGACCACAGCACCCGGGGCGGAGAGCAGAGGGAUUCUGAGAAGGCACAGCCGUGCACUUGCAGGGCAGGGUUGAGUGCCGCAGACGUCCCAGCCCGGACCUGGAAGCGGUGGCUGUGGGCCAGAGGCCUGGGUGUCUCCCAUUGUUGGCACGUCCUGCCGGGGCUCCCACCCUGCUGUCUCCGGUGACGGCGCACCCCUUCUCCCUGGCCAAGCCCAGAUCCUGAGCCCGGAGUCAGGACUGGAACACACUGCACCCCGGAAACCAUGGGGCCUCGGAUAGGACCAGUGGGCGAGGAACCCCAGAUGCCAGACCAUGAUGCCAAGGCCGCACUGGGGGCAGAAGACAUGACUGGACACGGGGCCAAGCCCAAGCCGCAGGACAAGCGGCCAAGUCUUUUCCACAACAUCAAGUUCUUCCUCCUGUGCCACAGCCUGCUGCAGCUGACCCAGCUCAUGACCUCCGGCUACCUCAAGAGCUCCAUCUCCACCGUGGAGAAGCGCUUCGGCCUCUCCAGUCAGAUCUCGGGGCUGCUCGCCGCCUUCAAUGAGGUGGGGAACACCACCCUGAUUGUCUUUGUGAGCUACUUCGGCAGCCGGGUCCAUCGGCCCCGAUUCAUUGGCUGUGGGGCUAUCCUGGUGGCCCUGGCGGGGAUUCUCAUGAGUCUCCCCCACUUCAUCUCAGAUCCCUACAGCUAUGAGGGCGCCAGCUCCGAGAAGACCCUGCAGGACGUGGAGGCCUCCUUGUGUGUGCCCACCACCAUGGGACCCGCCUUCACGCCCACCGCCUCCAAUAGCAGCUGCUCCAGCCGCGCUGAGACAAAGCACCUGACAGUCGUGGCCAUCAUGUUCGUGGCACAGACCUUGCUGGGUGUGGGCGGGGUGCCCAUCCAGCCCUUCGGCAUCUCCUACAUCGAUGACUUCGCCCACCAGAGCAACUCGCCCCUGUACCUGGGAGUGCUGUUUGCCAUCACCAUGAUGGGGCCAGGCCUGGCCUAUGGGCUGGGCGGCCUCAUGUUGCGCCUCUACGUGGACAUUGACCGCAUGCCACCAGGUGGGAUCAGCCUGACUUCGAAGGACCCCCGAUGGGUGGGUGCCUGGUGGCUGGGCUUCCUCAUCGCUGCCAGUGCGGUGGCCCUGGCUGCCACCCCCUACUUCUUCUUCCCCAGGGAGAUGCCCAAGGAGAAGCAUGAGCUCCGCUUCCGGCGCAGGGGCUUAGCAGUGGCUGCCCCACCAGCUAACAACGACGAGGACCAUCCCCGUGAACAGAGCCCUGGAGAGGUCCCAGAGAAGCGAGAGGGCCUAGCCCAGAUGGCGCCUGACCUGACUGUGGUCCAGUUCAUCAAAGUCUUCCCCAGGGUGCUGCUGCGGACCCUGCGUCACCCCAUCUUCCUGCUGGUGGUCCUGUCGCAGGUGUGCCUGUCCUGCACGGUGGCGGGCAUGGCCACCUUCCUGCCCAAGUUCCUGGAGCGCCAGUUUUCCAUCACCGCAUCCUACGCCAACAUGCUCAUCGGCUGCCUCUCCAUCCCCGCGGCCAUCCUGGGAGUCGUGGUGGGCGGGGUCCUGGUCAAGCGCCUGCGCCUGGGCCCCCGGCACAGCACCGUCCUGUGCCUGCUGGGGGCGCUGUUCUGCCUGCUUUUCAGCCUGCCCCUCUUCUUCAUGGGCUGCUCCACCCACCAGAUUGCGGGUGUCACCGACAGGCUAGGGGCCCAGACAGAGCUGGAGCCUUAUCCAGGCUGCAGGGAGGCCUGUGCCUGCCCCUCGGGGGACUUUAACCCGACCUGUGACACCAGCACACGUGUGGAGUACCUCACACCAUGCCAUGCGGGCUGCACAGCCCGGGCCACCGAGCUCGGCCCGAGCAAAGACCAGGUCUACUACACCAACUGCAGCUGCGUGACGGGAGGUGGCCACGUGCUGGCGGGCUCCUGCGACUCGGCCUGCGGCCACCUGCUGCUGCCCUACAUGCUCCUGACCAGCGUGGCCGCAGCGCUGGCCAGCCUCACUCACACCCCGUCCUUCAUGCUCAUUCUCAGGGGCGUGAAGAAGGAGGACAAGUCCCUUGCCGUGGGGAUCCAGUUCAUGCUCCUGAGAGUUCUGGCCUGGAUGCCCAGCCCCGUGAUCCAUGGCAGUGCCAUCGACACCACCUGUGUGCACUGGGCCCAGAGCUGUGGCCGCGGUGCUGUCUGCCGCUACUACGACCUGGACCUGCUCCGGAACCGGUUCAUCGGCCUCCAGUUCUUCUUCAAGUCGGGCUGCCUGAUCUGCUUCUUCCUGAUCUGGGUCAUCCUCAGGCAGCAGGACCAGAAGGAGGGGGGCUCCCCGGAGACCAGCCCCACCCCGGCCCUGCAGCAGCAGGCGUUGGAACCCAAGAAGACACAAGAGUCCCGGGUGUGAGUGGAACCCAGGGCAGGACGGCCUCCGAGCCCUUGGCAGUGCAGGCCUCUGCUCCAGUUCUCACCCCUCUGCUGACUUGCUGUGUGGCUUUGGACAAGUCACUGACCCUCUCUGGGCCUUUGCUUGUCUGAACGUAGGAAACUCAAGCCAAAUUGCCAUGGCGGCUGCUUCUAAAACAUGAGUUUCUCCCCGCCAGACAGGCAGCCCCGAAAUCAGGUCUGCCUGAAGCUGGAGAAGUGGACAUAGGAGGGGUCUGCCCUGCCCAGCCCCGAGCAUCAGUUGCCUCCCCAGUCCAGCAGAAAUGGACUUGCCUGCUUCAGCCUGAGUCCAGCUGUGGUAUAUGUCCAUCUGGAGGACUCAGGUCUCCUCCCCUGACCCUCCUCCUGGAGCCGGGCCCCAGGGCCCCAGUCCAGAACCAACCGCUUGGCGCCCCCUGGAGGUGGGGGUUUGCACGGUUCGGAAGCCCAGCCCUGGAGCCACGUCAGGGUCUCCGCUCACCCUGGGCCUCUGUGAAGAGAGAAACUGGGCCCCACUGGGGCUUUUUCUACCGUUAAGGACCAAACGCCGGUGGCAGACACUGGCCGGGACCGUCAUGGUCAAGUUCUCACAGUGAGCAAAGGACUGCACAGCAGGCACCGGCCGGGCUGAAACCUGCCUUCAACCCCCAGCACCGCGGAGGGCCUUGAGCCCCACAGGAGCAACCUGAGUGCAGAGCCAGGAGGAAGUGCUGAGCUCUGCCAGGUGUGGCCCCAAACCCAAAACAUGUACCUAAGAGAUCUCGCCUGGAGGGGAGACCAGAGCCACAGGACUUGGGGCUGAAGGUUUGCCUGGCUCACAGCCGACCUGGGCGGGAUUCCCCGCAUCCCAAAUGGUCUCCCGAGCACCACCAGGAGUGAUCCCUGAGCGUGUAGCCAGGAGUUACCCCUGAGCAUCACCGGGUGUGACCCCAAACCAAAAAUAAAUGAAUAAAUAAAAGAUCUCAUAUGAGUGACGAGGCCUACUCACGUCACAGUGACUCCCGUUCCUUGAACUCCGAUUUCACCAUUCCAUCCUCCCAGGGGCUGGGGACUGAGUCUCCAGGAAGUGUGGUUCCAUGUCUCUCGAGUUUGGGGAUCUCCGGGAUGCCUGUGGGCGAGGCUCUGUUCUCUGGGAGGCCUGGCUGGCUGGGGGCAGCAGCGCCAGCUCGGGGCGCUGAGCAGAUGGGCAGAGAGAGGUCUUGGCUCUGAACCCCCCUGGUUCUUUUCCUGCAUCAGACUUGGUCUUGUUUUGUAGCCAGUUUUAGCCAAUGUG